AUGCGCAGAAUGAAGAUACCCCGUAACGCAGCAGGCACCCCUAAGAUGUCGCGCCAACACCAGCGAGCCCUCGUGUACCUUAUCCUAGGAGCUGUGGCAUUGGGCGCAUACUACACCUGGUUCUGCGUGCCCAUCGAUAACCUUGCGAUACCCUUCGAAACCCACAAAGCAUACAUGAAUGACCGUUCGAGCUGGAAAACUUACAAGUCUCGACGAUCGUAUGACUGGAAAAGUGCACCUUUUCACAACGCCGCGAACUCGAAUACGCCAUUGCCAGCUGGGCAACCUCGAGCACUGCCGCAAGUCCAAUUCGAUUUCCCGCCAGAAACGAAGUCACAAAGGGAGCGAAGGGAGAUACAAAGAGUCGCAGUUCGAGACGAGUUCAAGCGUAGCUGGGAUAGCUAUCGUGCACAUGCAUGGGCAGAGGAUGAGCUCAAGCCCAUAACAGGGGUUGGUCUUAAGACCUUUGGCGGCUGGGGAGCAACUCUGGUGGAUUCCUUGGACACGCUGUGGAUCAUGGGGAUGAAGAGCGAGUUCUAUGAGGGCGUGCAAGCAGUAGCAGCUAUCGACUUUGGGAAAUCGGACAUGAAGACCAUCAGCGUCUUCGAGACCACAAUUCGGUAUCUGGGUGGCAUGCUGAGCGCAUAUGAUCUCAGCCAGGAGCCUGUCUUGCUAGAGAAAGCCAUACAGCUUGGUGAGAUGCUCUACCGCGCCUUCGACACCGUGAACCAUACGCCUACAGGCUGGUUGGAUAUUGAGAAAGCAAAAGAUCCCGAUAGUCUACCCCCAAAACCUGAGACUAGCAUCUGUUUCGCUUGCUUCGGCUCUCUAACCAUGGAGUUUACGCGUCUUGCACAAAUCACCCAACAAUCGAAGUACUACGACGCCGUGGCCCGCAUCACUGUGCUCCUCGACCGUACUCAAGACACAUCGCGCAUCCCAGGACUCUGGCCGACCAUGCUUAACGCGCGCAAAGAAGAGUUCAACCAGAGUCGUUUCUUCUCCCUUGGCGCCCUCGCCGACAGCACGUACGAGUACUUCCCCAAGAUGUACGCAUUACUAGGCGGCCUCGAGCCUGUCUACCAGAAGCUCUACACCGAUUCUGCAGCGAAGAUUGACGAGCACAUGCUAUUUCGACCUUCGCUUCCAGAUGAGGCCUUGAGCAAAAGUCUCUUGUUCUGCGCUGAUGUACACUCGGUGCGGCCCAACGAGGUCACUCUAGAUCCAGAGAUGCAGCACCUUACAUGUUUUAUCGGAGGCAUGUUCGGCCUCGCCGGACGUCUAUUCUCCAAGCCCUCACACAUCGUAAUUGGCGAGAAGCUGACGAGAGGGUGCAUAUACGCGUACGCUGCCAUGCCAACCGGCAUUGCACCCGAGAUUUUUAAGACGUUACCCUGCAAGUCAAGGGACGUAUGUGCGUGGAACGAAACAGAGUGGCAAGAGGAAGUGGUCUCGCAUUACGGCAGCAAAUACAGCACUGACCCAAUCACCAUAGCCGAAGACAAAGGCCUUCCACGGGGGUGGACAAACAUCCGCGACAAACGCUACCUCCUACGCCCCGAAGCUAUCGAAUCCGUCUUCGUCCUGUACCGCAUCACCGGUAAACAAGAGUUUCUCGAUGCCGCAUGGGACAUGUUCACCUCCAUCGUCGCGAAUACCAGGACACCCUAUGCCAAUGGGCAGCUUUUAGAUGUCACGGGGCAGACUACCUAUGGUGACAGCCAGUAUACGGUUGGGCAGAGGUUCCGCGGACACGGGCCUGAGACGGUGAGGCAAGGUAACGUUGAAGACAAAAUGGAGAGUUUCUGGACAGCCGAGACGCUCAAGUACUUCUAUCUCAUUUUCAGUCCCCCGGACAUGAUGGAUCUGGACGAUUGGGUGUUCAACACCGAGGCGCACCCCUUUAAAAGACCCAAAGCAAGCAACAUCUUGUAA